CCCUGACAAACUUCAUUUUUGACUUUUCCCUUUAUGUUUUCCCCUUGGAGACCGAACCCUACCCACACUGUGACUCGAACCAGUGGCCGCCGCCGACGAUGGCGAGAGCUCCAAUGUAAACCUCUUCAUGGCCGGGCUCGAGUUUAGCUUUUGCCAUAUACACAAUACCGAAUUUAUUCAACUGAAGUUCUUUGAGUUCAGGUCUCUAAUAAAUAGUUUGGUCACUUGGUGGUUAGGGAUAAUAAAAAAUUUUGAAAGAUUCAAGAUGAUUGAACAUGCAAAGAAGAGAUCGAAGGUUCCCUAAUUUUGGACUAUGCAAAGGAGAAUCAAUAGAGUACUUGAACCCGUGGAGCUAAGCGGAAGAUUCAAAAAGAUGUUGAAUCCGUGUUGUUGCCUAUGAAUAAAUCGAUUUUUGGUGGUGGAUUCGAGUUCAUCCCAUCGCCGCCUUUGAUGCUUUAUCAGAAUUUGAAGAGCAAAACCGAAGAAUUAUCAAUGGACGAGCAAAUAAUUGGGCCAAAGGGGUGUGAUGUGUGAACUGUGAAGGAGCUGGGGGCUUCGGUGAAUAUUGAAUAGAGAUGAUAAGGGAGGAGUCUAGAUCAGAUUCUUACAAAGGAGCGCUCUGUGAGGGACAGGGAGAGUAUCAUUUGAGUCUGAACUCCGAAUUGCGGACAAAAAAAUCGUCGGAGCUCUCCUUGUUGCCGUCGAUGGCUGCCAGAGAAUACAGGGGAAAAGCAAAUAGGGUUUACUGCAUCGGUCACUUGAAGGUUUCGGUGGAAGGAGGAAAGCUCUAGAGGAAAUCACUCAAAAAUCUCGCAGUAUGGGUUUGGCUCUGGUUUGUAUCCGGUUGAACCGUCGAAUCCAAGUUAAUGGCGCAUUUGACUGUUAACAUUUGAAUAAUCGACGUGGUCGAAUCCUAUUGGCGGGUUCACUCGUCGAGUGCACCCACGGGUGCACAGAACGCGGACUUUUCGUAAUGCAAUAAUAUUACCCUUUCAAUAGUGUCACUGUUUUUUUGGAUAAAAUAGUUAUUUCACAACUUUACAUGGGGAAUAAGUAUUUUCUUGCCUGAUAAAUAUAUUUACCCACGUAAAUGACUUGCGGAAACGUGAACAAGGCCUAACUAGGCCUAAGUAGGUUGAGUUGAAGAUUCAGUUAUUGAUUCAACUACUUUGAAGCGCUUUCCAUAAGCUAUUUAAAGAAAUUGUAGCGGAUGCUCGCGGGGAAGCAAUCAAGCCAUUCAAAUGACUGACCUACAGCGGAUUUGGGCUCAUCGGAAUUUUUACAAAAGCCAACUGGCAAUAGCUUAUACGCUGUCCUUAUUGGGCCCGGGCUCUGGAAAGCCAGAAGCCGCUGCGCUUCAGCCCUCCCCUCCCAACCGGGCAUUCUAACCUGUGGCUCUAACCGUUUGUAGAGCGUACUUACGAUCUGGUUUCGGACGGAACUUUCAAGUUCCUUCGUCUGCCAUAUAGCGGGUAGUGCACUGUAAGCUAUAAAUAAGGUGAAACAUUGCAAAAAGGCGGGAAAAACGAAGAUGCUCGAAGUUCUUAAUGGCGGGAGCUGAUUCUCAGAAGCAUCUCUUGACAUUCAUUCGCGAUUUUGCCUCGGAAAAGUCCCAUGGAGAACGAAGAUUAGAUGGUCUCAAAAGGAGAAUCCAAGAUCUUCAAUCUGAACUAGGCGCUGCUAACGUAGAGCAUGGAGACACCAAACGCUCCAAAGAAACUACUGAGCAGGAGCUCCAAGGCUAUGAAGUGGAAUUAUCUUUGAAUGAAGCCUCCAUUCAAGCCUUAGAGGCCAGGAUUUCUGCGAUUCAAGAUGAGAUAUCGAAGAUUGGGUAUGACUUGGAAGCUCUUAAGAACGACGAAGAAAUUUCACGAGACAAAUUUAUUACCGAAAUGUUCGAGUUCAAUAAAAAGAUAAGGCAAUUUCAAGAAACAAAUGCUCAUGCUUCUCAUAAAGAAAAAUGCCUUGAGCUUUCAUCAGAUCAUGGCCACAUGCUUGAGGACAGGCAAGCGAUGCUUGAUACAGGAGUUGCUUUAAAAGGUCUUGAGGAUGAGCUUGCACACAUCAUUUCUCAAACUCACAUGGAGGAACAACAGUACCAAGAAGAGCAAACUCUUCAUGAGAAGGUCCAGCCGGAGUUUGUUCAGUCUGAAAGGCAAGUGUUCUUAAUGGAGGAAAUUGUGAAAGAAAUGAAAGAACUUGAGCAUAUCACAAGGCAGAUUUCUGAACUAGAAGAGUCAUGUGCAUCUCUUGGUGAGGAGUUGCAGAGGAGAUUUUUGUGCCCCAGCUGUCAUCUAGAUAAUGCAGGAGCAUUGGGAGGAAUACUUCAGGCAAAUGAGAGAAACUGAUAUCAUUUAUCUUGGCUGCUUAGGUUACAUGGUCUUUAAAUGUUGUUACCUCCCAUUGGAAAAAUUCUCCUGGUAAAGCACAAAGGAAGUGUUGCUGUCAGGGGCUCUACAAAAUCAAACCUAAAGCUUAUUGCUUUGGUUAAUUGAUAUGAUGCCCAGCUAGUUGUUAAAGGCUUCACAGGAUAUUGUAACCAUUUUGAUGGGAUUCUCUCUGUUUAGAAGACGAAAUGCUUUAGAGUUUUGUUAGUUUUGACUGCACAGAGGUAUAUAAUACCUGCGAAGCAGUCAUUUUUAAACCUGUAAAAAUCAGUAUGGUUUCUGUGGGAAAGAAGUUUCUAUUGUAUGUAAUAAAGAUGGCUAGAUCUUCUUAUGUCUUUAUCUGUUUCUUUGCUUUUAGGGAGGUUUGAGAGGGAUACUCCCUCCUGAAGUCUUGAA